UAGGAUUCCAAUUCCCUCACAGUCGCAUUCCAGCGCUAUUUCUCUUUCAAUCUCUUCAAUUUCCUUUGGUUGUCUCUGCCAUCGCUACCUAGGUGCUGCCAUUACUGCAUAGCUUUGUGUAAUCAUCGCCGUUAUUAUCAAUUCAAGUAAUAAGGAAAAUGUCUACCAAUAUUGAAGCUAUAUCUAGUGUUAAUGAGUACGAUGGAACUGAACCCCCUAUCGAACAAUUAUUUACCGAUAGUGAUGAAGAAUAUGAUGUUAAUAAGGAUCAAUGCGUAGAGAGUUAUUUGGAUAAUGAGGAGUGGAAUGAAGAUGACUACACUUCAGAGGAAGAAGGUGAAGUAGAAGUUAACAUAGAGAAUGAAGGUGAGAUAAUGAAAAGAUUUGAUGUUGAAGAUAAUGAAAAGAUUAGUCUAGAAAAGUUUAUGAUAUUUGUUGACGUACAUGAGUUCAGGAGUGUAUUGAGAGAUUACAUAAUUCAAGAGAAUUUUGAUAUAAUAAGAGUGAAAAAUGAGAAAGCAAGAGUGACUGCCAUUUGUGCUUCUGAAGGUUGUCCUUGGAGGAUUCAUGCUUCUCCUUCUCCGGAUGGUAUUGCUUUUAUGAUCAAGAGUUAUGAGCCAAGGCAUACUUGUAUUAGAAAAUUUGAAAAGAGAAAUGCUAAUUCUACAUGGAUAGCAAAAAAGUUAAAACAAUCUUUAAAUGCUGAUCCAAAUAUGAGCUAUGAACUCAUGUCUAAUGAAUUGAUUACCAAGUUUGGAGUUGAAGCCCAUCCUAAGCAAUUAUAUAGGGCCAGAAGAAAAGGAAGGGAAGAAGUUGAAGGUUCUCAUGCUUUAAGUUAUAAGAAAAUAGUUAAGUUUGCUAAUUUGUUACUAGAAAAAAAACAGGGGGGGAGCAUAGUAAGAUUGGAGUACUAUGAUCAAAUGACAUUGGAAGAGGAAAAUCGUACUUUCAAAAUGAUUGUUACACAAUAA